CUUUUUUGCAAUUACCCCGGAUUAUAACGGGGCAGUCUGGCACAGUUUGGGGUUAACGUUGAAGCAUAAUUCGAGUAUAAAAAGGGCUCCCCGCAUCCCCCCCACAUCCCCCCCAACUUGUGCUCCAACCACCACCUUCUCUCUACUCAAAAUGAUGCGCCAGACUUGUAUCCGGAUGCCUGCGCGUCCUAUCGCUGCCAGGUUGUACUGCAGAUCCCUCUCCACACAGUCCCUCAAAGAUGCUAUAAAGGAGACCAUUCCUGUCAAGCAAGAGCAGCUCAAGCGCAUUAAAGCCCAGCAUGCCGGCACGACGAUUGGAGAAGUCAAGGUCGAGAACGUAAUUGGUGGUAUGAGAGGUCUGAAAGCUAUGCUUUGGGAUUCAUCUGUGUUGGAUCCCGAAAAGGGAAUUCGUUUCCAUGGACUAUCCAUUCCAGACUGUCAGCAGCAACUUCCAGCUGCUCCAGGAGGCAAAGAAAUGAUUGCCGAAAGCAUGCUUUGGCUUCUGCUCACCGGAAAGGUUCCGUCUGAAGCCCAGACGCGUACUCUUUCUCGUGAUCUUGUCGAGCGCGGAACGCUACCCAACUAUGUGGAGAAACUAAUUGAUUCCUUACCGGCAACGCUGCACCCAAUGACACAACUGGGAAUGGGUGUCGCCGCAUUAAACCAUGACAGUUUAUUCCAAGCAGCUUACGAGAAGGGAAUUAAAAAGUCUGAAUAUUGGGAGGCAACUCUUGAGGACUGUCUCAACCUCAUCUCGCGUCUUCCUGCCCUAGCCGCCCGAAUCUACCGCAAUGUCUACAAUCCCGGUAAAGCUAUGGAAAGCCUCGACAAGAAUUUGGAUCUUGUCGGAAAUUAUGUCCGCCUGCUAGGAUUCGGGGACAAUCACAGUCUAACCGAAUAUUUGCGGCUAUAUAUCGCUCUCCAUGGUGAUCAUGAGGGAGGAAACGCGUCUGCUCACACCGCUCACUUGGUAGGAUCCACCCUGUCGGAUCCGUACUUAUCUUAUUCGGCGGCGCUCUUCGCCCUGGCCGGUCCCCUCCACGGCUUGGCGAAUCAGGAGGUUCUUCGAUGGCAAAUGGCUAUGCAAACGGAGAUCGGCAGCGAUGUCACUCAUGACAGGAUCAAAGAAUAUUUGUGGAAGACCCUCAAGAGCGGUCAAGUGGUACCUGGAUACGGUCACGGUGUCUUGCGUAAUCCAGACCCUCGCUUCAUAGCCCUCCAACAGUUUUGUGACUCCAAACCCGAACUGCAGGACAGUCCAAUUAUCCAGCUUGUGAAGAAGACCUAUGAAGUUGCUCCCGGCGUACUGAAAGAGCACGGCAAGACCAAAAAUCCUUACCCUAAUGUUGAUGCGACGUCCGGUUGUGUUUUGUACCACUAUGGUCUCACCCAAUUCAAGUAUUACACUGUGAUAUUUGGUGUUUCCCGAGCUCUGGGUUGUAUAACACAGCUUGUUUGGGCUAGAGCACUUGGUUUGCCUUUGGAAAGACCCAAAUCCCUCUCUUUGGAUGCCAUCGAGAAGUUGGCAAAAUCUGCUUGAACGACAUGUAACAUAAUCAUACUGAAAUGGCAAUGACCGUGGUGUUGAAUUGCCACCUCAUACCUAAGAAUUACAAUUACACGUCCAUCGAUCUUGAAAGAGAGAAAGAAAGUACACGAUAUAGGGCACAAGAUGUGAUAGUAAUACUUCAUAAACCCAGUAUAAAGUGAUAGAUAAGGGUAUCCGGAUG